AGUGAUUGAAAAAUGCCUAUAGAGUGGGAGGGAUAGAUGGAUUUAUCUAGAGGCGAGAGUAUAGAAUGUCGCGAGUGUAAAGAGUGUAGAGAGCAUUAUGUGUAGUCUCAUCGGAUUUAUCCAGUAAGCCGCAUGCGUUUCUUAUUGCUUUGCUCCGAUAGACACGCAAUUUUCCAAUCAAAAUCCACUCCAAGAUGUGACAGUCUCGGCCGUCUACCCAGUUCAAUUUUAAAUGGCAGAACACGCGAAUCUCGGACUUAGUUCACAUUCAGUUGCUGUUGGCUGCAUUGCUCCGAACGAGUCCCAAAGCUAGGUGAGUCAUCUAUGUGCAUAUAUCAGAUACCCAAAGGAUUGCGCACAAGCCUCAAGUGUAUGCCGCCCUGGGCCUGCAGUAUUAUGGCCUUGGGAUCAAGCCUCAUGCGCCGCGGAGUGCGCUCCGAUGUGGUCACCUGAUGAUUGCGCAGAAGAUUCACCAGCCCCACCUUUGCCUGCAGCAGUCCAAAUCGCUCGCCGAUGCAGCCAUGCGGACCCAGGCCAAAGGGCAUGUACGUGUAGGGCGUCUGCAGUUUUCGAUUGGCGGGGGGAGAAGCGCUCCGGCUGGAACUUCCGUGGCUGUGGAAAGUACUAGAAGCAAAGAAAAAGAUUAGCUACAGCCCAGAGAUUGAUUCGGUGCUACCGCAGCCCACCUGGGGAUCCAUGUGCAGGGCAUAGCAGGGUAUGUAGAUGGGCAUUCCCUUGGGCACACGAAACUCGUGGAACGGCGACAGGGAGUAGCCCUCGUCCUCGGCCGUGCACUCUCGGUCCAGGAACGGCAGCGGGGGAUACAUGCGCAGCACCUCCAGCAGUAUCAUAUGCAUAUACUCAAGGGAAUCGAUUAGCUGAAGGGUCACCUGUCCCCCGCUGGCCAGCAGAGCCUCCUUGAUCUCAUGCCUCAGACGCUGCUGGAUGUCGGCAUCCUUGGCCAGCUCGUACAUGGCAAAGGCCAUCGUGGAGGAGGAGGACUCGAAGCCGGCGGUAAAGAAGAGCACCGCCUGUGCCACUAGGAUGUCGCCCUCGAACACAAACUGGCCGUGAUCCCCAGACGCCUUGGCCUGUUGUGUGCUGCGCCGGAACUCGAUGAGGAUGUCGAUGAGAUCGUUGCGCGUCUGCUGGGUCCGUUCGCGCUCCGCCAUCACAUAGUUGAUGGUGUUGCGCAGGAACCGCGUGGCCCCGGCCGGCACCACCUUGAAGCCAAAGAGCGGCACCAGAUGCGGCAGGAAGAAGACCAGCGUAAACUCCGCCGCCCGCUUCAGGCUAAACUCGAAGACCGAUCGGCCGUGCCGGCGGAACUCACCAUUCGGCUGAGUGAAGCUAUUGGCCUGGACCCCGUAGGCCACCGUGGCAAUCACGUCCGUGGUGAAGAGGGCACACAGCUCCUUGGCUUCCAGGUCGAAGCAGCGGGUCCGCUCGUUGUGCAGCGGCUGCUCCCGGAGAUGGGCGUCCAGAUUGGAGCCCACCUCUGCGAUGAGGGGAAACAUGUUCUUCAGCUUGUUGCUGGUAAAGAAGGGCGACAGCUUGAAGCGCACCUCCUUCCAGGCCGGAUUCUUCAGGAAGAAUAUGUUUUGCGAUCCCAACGGAUCGCCCUUGUAGUCAGAGUUCGAGUAUCUGUUGGAGAACUUGCCAAAGUCCUUGAUCAUGAUCCGCUUGAUCAGAUCGGGAUCGCGCACCAGCAGCGCCGGCCGGUGGAAGACGUGUAUGCCCACAAAGGGCUCGUUCACAGCAUCCGGAUGAUUGUAGAGCUGUCCCAUAAAGUCCGCCGGACUGUCCCUCAUGCUCAGCAGUCCCGCCAGGUUGCCCACUAUCCAGUGGGGUCGCAGCUCGCGCACUCCUCGACGCCGCCAGUAGGCAUAGUGCUGCUGCAGCAGGAAGCAGAGGGUGGCCAACACGAUGACCACCAACAGAAGCAGUCCAAGUACCAUGUUUGCUCUGAGAGAUUCCUCGGGCUACUGACGCCUUCCCAGCGAACUCAUCGCGGGUUUAAGCAGCUUCGGAAGCUGCUGGGGCAGCGCCGGUUCAUCAAGAUCCCCGUCAAGGUGCCCUGUUCCAUGAAUGAAUUUAGUUUGUGAAUGGUUUCAUCAGUUUCAUCAUGGUUCCAUUGUGGCUGCUGAUGUGCGCCAUCCUCUCCAUCUACCUCUGGCUGAGGCAAAGGUACAGCUACUUUGAGCGCCACAAUAUCGUCCACCUGCCCGUGUCGGCCUGGACACCACUGGGACAUCUCAGGAAGCUGCUGCUGCUGCGCAUCUCCUUUGGCGAUCUCUUCCACAACAUCUAUGCAGAUCCGCGCGGCCAUCAGGCCAAGGUAGUGGGUUUCUUCCUGUUCCAGACCCCAGCUUUGAUGGUGCGCGAUCCGGCGCUGAUACGCCUUGUGCUGAUCAAGCAUUUCAACAGCUUUCUGAAUCGAUAUGAGGCCGCAGACGCUGCUGGCGAUCCGAUGGGUUCGCUGACGCUGCCGCUGGCCAAGUACCACAACUGGAGGGAGAGUCGUCAGUCCAUGGCGCAGCUGUUCACCAGCGGCCGCAUGCGGGAGUCAAUGUACCCGCUGAUGCUGGGAGUGGUGACCGAUCUGGAGCAAUAUCUUCACAGGAAGCUGGGGGACCGGUCCGAGCGGAUGCUACCCCUCAGUAAAAUGUGUCAGCUGUACACCACCGAUGUGACGGGAAACCUCUUCUACAGCAUGGACGUGGGCGGACUGCGUCGAGGCAAAUCCCAGCUGCUGAAGAAGACCAAGGAGCUGUUUGACCCCGAUCCCCGGAAGGUCUUGGACUUCAUGAGCAUCUUCUUCUUGCCCCAGUGGACGAAGCUGCUGCGGGCAAAGGUAUUCAGCAAGGAGUACGCACAGUUCAUGCGAAGCUUAGUGGGGCAUCCGCGGGAGCGGAGCAAGGGCGAUCUGAUCGAUCAGCUGCUGCACCUGCAGAGCAGUCGACCCUCCAGCCACUACGCCCAGCAUCCGGACUUCAUCGCCUCCCAGGCGAGCAUCAUUCUGCUCGCUGGCUUCGAGACUUCCUCGGCUCUGCUCGGCUUCACCCUGUACGAGCUGGCCAAGCAGCCCGAUCUGCAGCAGCGUCUGCGGGAGGAGCUGGCAGAGGCUUUUGCACUGGCUCCCACGCUCACCUAUGAGACGCUGGUCACGCUGCCCUUCCUUCGGAUGGUCUGCCUGGAGGCACUGCGGCUAUAUCCAGCCGCUGCCUUCAUCAACAGGGAGUGCACCAGCUCGGAUCCGAAGGGAUUCGCCCUGCAGCCACACGUGGACUUUGUGAUUCCAAACGGGAUGCCUGCCUACAUCUCCAUCCUGGGACUGCAUCGCGAUGAAAAGUACUGGCCCGAUCCCAACCGCUUUGAUCCCGAACGAUUUGGUCCGGAUCGGAGCAACGACAUCGUGCCGAUGACUUAUAUACCAUUUGGAGCUGGCCCCCAUGGCUGCAUCGGCAGUCGUCUGGGCUCUUUGCAGCUGAAACUGGGCCUGGCCCACAUAUUGAGGCUGUGCCGGGUGGAGGUCUGCGAGCAAACGGUGCCCAAGAUACGAUUCAAUCCGAAAACGUUCAUGCUGGAAUCCAAGGAUGAGAUCUACUUGCGAUUCUACAGGGACAAGCUAUAAAUUAACGGCUGCUUUUCACCGCCUGGCUGUGAUACUUGGGUAUGGGGAAAUGGGAAAGUAUUAUUUUGAUAUCGAAAGAAAAUGUUUUAUUUGAAUUGAAUUUGUUUUUACUUCGGAUGAAACACCUUUCUUUGUUUUUUUCUUGGGUUAUUUAUGUGGCGACCGUGGUUGGGGGUCAACAGACACACACACACAGACACGCAAUAUGGGUUAACAUUCACUCGAAAGCGAAUUAUAUUUCCUUAACAUUUUGAAUACUUUAUACACAGACACA